GUGGGGUGAAAGAAAAACGUAAAAAGAAGCAAACCGUGUGGGUGUGUUUUCUAUCUGAAGACAGAAACAGAUAUCAUUCCAGCUUUGAAUGCUUCUCCCUCCUCCUCCUCCUCCUGUAAUCAAAGAAAUUCAACGACCCUUUUCUCUCCAAUGCUGAAAGUUUCAAGCUUUAUACGCAGUUACCAAAUCGAAUGCCUUAAAAACCAUUAACCAAACUGACCCAUUUCAUUGAAUCUCAGAUCUUUUGAAACCCCUCCAUCAAAGUUCAAAUCCAGCUGAAGGAAGAGGAAAAAUGGGUGCGUACAGAGCGGAUGAUGAUUAUGAUUACUUGUUCAAGGUGGUUCUGAUCGGAGACUCUGGCGUUGGGAAAUCCAAUCUAUUGUCUCGAUUCACCAAAAAUGAGUUUAGCUUGGAAUCCAAAUCCACCAUUGGUGUUGAAUUCGCCACCCGCAGUAUCCAUGUUGAUGAUAAGAUUGUAAAGGCGCAAAUUUGGGACACCGCUGGCCAAGAAAGAUAUCGUGCAAUCACAAGCGCAUAUUAUCGAGGAGCUGUUGGUGCAUUGCUUGUGUAUGAUGUUACUAGACAUGUGACUUUUGAAAAUGUGGAGAGAUGGUUAAAGGAACUUCGUGAUCACACAGAUGCCAACAUCGUAAUUAUGCUUGUGGGAAACAAGGCAGAUCUUCGUCACUUGCGUGCCGUGUCCACCGAUGAUGCCAAGGGGUUUGCUGAAAGGGAAAAUACUUUUUUCAUGGAAACCUCUGCCCUCGAGUCCUUGAAUGUCGACAAUGCUUUCACAGAGGUUCUCACUCAGAUAUAUCGAGUUGUUAGUAAGAAGACGCUCGAGAUCGGGGAUGACCCUGCAGCCUUGCCCAAGGGGCAGACAAUCAAUGUUGGCAGUAAAGAUGAUGUCUCAGCUGUUAAAAAGGUUGGAUGCUGCUCGGCAUAGUUUGAGAGAGAAUAGAAAGGAAGCUCUUCACAACAAAACAACAUAUCUAUCUGUGCAUGAUUCAACUAAUCAUCAAUCCUCAACAUUUUGGGAUCCAUGUGAAAUGUUUUAAUACCUACACUUUUUGUCUUUUGUAAUUUUUCCCACAUCUUUUGUCUUGUUUAUUACUUUCUCACCUUUUUUCCCCUCUAAGCAUUGUUUGGUCUAUAGGAAUGAUGUCAUUUUACCCUUAUAGGUAUAUGAAAUUUACUCUUUGUAUUGAAUGAAAGGGAUAUCCUGUUCUAAUCU